AGGUAAUGCAAGGAAAAUUUGACUGCGUGCUCGACUGGCCAUGCAAGUACGAGCACGUGCUUCGCGUGGUGGAUCAGUCGGGUCGCGGCCUGCACCUGGACCGGCAGCAGUCGUUCCGCAGCAUCCCCUCCAAGAGCAAGCAUCUUAUGGGGCGGCCUGUCAACGAGUGCAACGUGCCCAUUGGCUUUCACACCAUGGCGCCGCUAUCCGAGCUGCACAAUGAGCGCACCGGUUUCCUCCGCAACGACACUCUUGUCAUCGUCUACCGCUGCAGGAUAUGACUGCUGCCUCCAAGUGCCACUCCAGCGGGCUUCGUUGAAGACGCUCUGCAAGCAAAGCCCUCCCAUGUGCCCUCUGGCUUAUCCAAUGGACGACAAUCCUCGCAAGGAACCAGACGCGUGCAAGUUGUCCGCGAAACGUGUCGCUCCCAUCAGAUGCGGUGAUCACCUCCGAAAUGAUUGUGGACGUAUGAACUAUGGACAGACAGGUUCGCAAGGAAUUAAGCACAUUGCCGGUCACAGUGCUACUGUUGGAAGGCCCAACCAACCCUCGCAUCUGCAUAGUUCUUUCUUGCGUAGUUGAAGUGUAAGGCAUGACGAUGAAAACGGACAGAGUGCUCACACACAGAGGAGCGCCACUUCCAACAACGUUUAUUUCGAAGUGAUCUUAGUAUGUAUGACACACCACGCUCUUUGUGUGGGAUUUAAUUGAUGGUGGGGGGGGGGGGGGUG